AUGUCGCUUAAUUACGACCCAGGCUCUGCGGUUGGCUUCAAUGAGACUUGGGAUACCACGUUCUUGUCAGAUAGGGAUGUCUCUUCUCAAGUUCCGAUUAAUUUCGUUCCGCAUCCUGCUGUAUAUCUAAGCAAAGCAUGCUUCGGGCAGAACAGAUAUGAGGAUAAUGCAGCAGAGACUUGUUUGUCAAACCUACUGGCAUCACAGAUUCGACGUUACGUUAUAGACGUCUAUUGGGACACGACAAACAACAGAUUCAAUCUAUGUCCUGUAGAGUUACCUAGGUCGUCAGGUAACAGCAGUCAAGUGGCUGCAGCAAAUGCGGAUGUGACAGCAUCGCCAAGAGCAUUCAACACUCCAAAUGCCAGGCAGGCCAACACGACGACUGUCGCCAACUCUACCAGUAGUGUGGUAGUAUCGAGCACAACAACAAGUACGCCAUCCCCUACCAUCGUCUCCAGUAAUAGCGACACACAAGUAUACCAGCUUGGCCCUUACCAAUGUAGCGAUACACUAACAUUGGCUUCGAUUACAGCUGUGUUUAGUGACUACCUUAAGGAGACAGCCAAUACUAUUGACGGAAAGGUGCUGUCGUGGAUUCUGAACUUGCACCUGGCUUCUACAUACGGCGCACCCGCUACAGUCCGGGACGAAAUACCCGCAGCACAACUCCCCAACACAACCACGAGUAUAAGAGCCUAUCUCGACGAUGUCAGUGAUGUCCUUUACACACCCGUUACACUGUUGAGUGACAGGAGCAAUCUUAAUUCCUCCUGGUAUCGUCGAGGCCAGCAGGAUGAAUUGCCACUCGCGAAUUACUUCACGACAUACGCCCUUCCUAACGGCGAUAUCGCAACGAACGAUGGUUGGCCCGAUGAGAACUACAUACAACUGGUGAAGGGCGCACGUCUACUUGUAGGCUUCGGUAAUAUUGACUCUGGUCUUUCAGGCUACAAUACCUCCAUGGACAGCGACCGAGUAUACGCACCGGGGUAUAUUUACUCAUUGCGCGGUGUAUCAAUUGGGUUGAAUGGCGAACUUGCAACGGGAUGCUACUACGAUGUUGACAACUUUGCAGUCGAUCAAGUCAACAAUUCUUGGGCGAUCGCACCAAUUAACUCUGUCAACCCACCCACUUUGGGCGAUGUUGCAGACAACCUCACGACUUGUGGCAUCAGUCAGUUGCUGAAUGUUACCAUCGAUGGGGCGACCGCGGAUCAGAAUGCUGCGCCAUAUCAAGAUUUUGGUAGCAACGCAAUUUUCAGCUGGGCUUACGGACAACCGCAGAACGACACGUCGAACAAUGACGACUUCCGCUGUGCCUUGAUGGUUGCGAAUGACGACUACCGUGGUCACUGGCGUGUUGAGUACUGCGACCGAUAUUAUCGUGUGGCCUGUAAGGAACCAGGUUCACCUUAUCGAUGGCGCCUCUCCACCCACAGUGUUCCAUUCAGGUUAGCUGAUGAAGUAUGCGCAGGAGAUACGACGUUUGAAGUGCCACGGACAGGUCUGGAGAAUACAUAUCUCUACAACAGAGUCCUGACAGAUGCUCGUGACGAUGCUGGCUUGCUGAAUGGCGUAUGGAUUGAUUUCAACUCGCUAUCAGUGGAAAGUUGUUGGGUUACAACAGGACUUAACGGCACUUGUCCAUACUACCAGGAUUCUAGUGCCAGGCGUUCACGGCAGAUAUUGAUACCAACGAUUGCGGCACUUAUCGUGCUGAUAUUAACUGUGUUCACCAUACUCGCUAAAUGUGGCAGCAACGCACGAAAUAGUCGGAUCAGGCGCAGAGGAGAAGGUGGAUGGGACUACGAGGGUGUUCCAUCUUGA